AUCACAUUUAUAUUUUGGAAAAACCUUUCUUUUUUCACGUGACCAUGCAUAUACACUCCCUCCUGUAACUGCGUAAGCAGUGCGGAUAAAAAAACCACUUGUUUUGCAGUUAGUCCUUUUGUUUAAUUUCCAGACCUCCUGAUUGUUGAAAGAGGUAAGGAGGUAGAUACACUUCGACAUGGCCACCACUGUGAUCGUUCAGCAGCCGACAGCAGGGGGUACUGGGAACCCCCUGAUGGUCUCAACGAUUGAGGGCCACAGAAACUGGACUACUGGACUAUUUGACUGCUUCACCGACAUCAAGUCAUGUAUCCUGGGAUAUUUCUGCCUGCCCUGCACUGUCUGUAACGUGGCCACCAGGACAGGGGAGUGCUGCUGUAUGCCCUUCUUUGUUCCCGGGGGCACGGUGGUAAUGAGGACCAGAAUCAGGACUCUCGGAGGCAUCCAGGGCUCAGCCUGCAACGACUUCUGUGCGUUAGCAUGCUGUGGUCCAUGUGCAGUUUGCCAGAUGCAAAGAGAACUGGAUAACAUGGGGGUCCCCUGAACCUGGUGUCUGCAGAUAAUGGUAGAAGGGACCAAACAACCUGCCAACGAUGAUGCUUUCUCUAUAUGCUUUCAUGUAGCUACAAAGUAUAAACUCUUGCAUGCAAUAUUAUUGAACCCUGUUGAAAUGUAUGGACAAAGACAUUCAAUAAAAUUUAUAUGCAACCACA